AUACAAUCUUUUAAUGAUCCCUGCCUUUUAAUUUUAAUCAGAUCCUGAUGGUUUUGAGUGCUACAACAACCGGAUUUUUCUUGCUUUCUGUAGUGGUAUGUUCGAAGUAUUGGAGUCAUCAUCUGCGUUUGGGAUUUUAGCUGAUUCUACGUUAGUGUUAGAUUCGAUGGGUCAGACUUUCAUGCAGAAAAGAAGUUAGUAGUGACCUUUUCGCUUAUAAAAGUAGCUUUGAAUAUAGAGGUGUGUUGUGUUCUAGAAAAUUAAAAUAUAGUAAGUAGUUAACAGAACAUAGAAGCGCGACCAUUCAUUCUAUUGAGUUGUGUUAAAACUCGCCCAUCACACGUGGGAAGAUAAUAAGUGAUUGGGAAGGCGAUUUAUGAGCACUCAUAUAUCACUUUUAUAUAGCCUAAUCGUAUUUUCUGCUAUUGAUAGCUUGUGAGCCAGAGAUUAUCCCUGUUGUGAGCAAUGCGGCUAUGCAUUCCACAAUAUGUAGAACGUGUGGAUGGACUUAGAAACUCGGCAUUUUUUAACGUACUUACUUAGGUAUAUCAUUUAAAUUCGUAUUGUCGAAGUUAAAUUUUACGAUGGCACAGGCUAGAAUAGUACGAUUUUAAUGCCUGUAACAUUUAGAUCGAUUAAUGUUUUUCACAGCUAAUGGUCUCUAGCGCUUUUUCCGAGACGUAAUAUGACUUUCAAAUUAUAGUUUAUAAAAAAUCAAAAAGGUCGUAUUCCUAUCAGUCUGUCGCUGUUACAUUUGAACGACAUCAUAUGAGCUGCCUUACAAGAUUCAUAAUAAUUGUUCGCUACAUCUACAACAACAAUAUCUAUAAAAUGGCGUAGUGGCCAUUAUAACACAAAAGUAUAUGGAUUGAAAUUCAGCAUAUUGAAUCUUUGAUAUAUUUACAAAAUGAAAAAUUAACGUAAAAGGAAGGAAGUUAGAGUAGCCCUCAAAUUAAUCUAUGCAAAUAUAACAGGCGGCCGACGGUGGUUCCAUGUUGUGGUAGCCGCCUCCAAAAGGUGUAAAAUCUCCGAAAUAACAGCCCGGAUCAAUACCAAUACCGCAGAACUGGCUGUUGUGGGAAUUGACCCUGAUCUAUUAUCAGUUUCAUUCAUCUAAAACUCACCGAUCCAAACACAGUUAGAUCGCCGAAAUAACAGCUCUUGGCCGGAUAAAAUCCGGGUCAAUUCCGGUAUCGCAGAACCGGCUGUUGUGGGAAUUGUCAUCUAACACCCUUCUCCCUAUGGUCCGACCCCGUCGAAACAGCUCGUUUCCUUAGCCUCCCGUUAGAUGACCUCGACGACAACGAAUCUGGAAUUUAUCACCCAAACGGGGACUAGGUAACCGUUACAACAACAACAACAUCAGUUUCAUUAAGAUAUUAUCCGAUAUUACUACAUUGCCAUUAAACAGGUUUUAGUAAAGUGAUACUAAGUGAAAUGUUCCUCCACAUUUUUAUUAUAUUAUAUAAUUUUUAACCGAUAUAUAGAAAUAAACUUAACGGCCAUAAAUAAAAAUACGUUGAAUACAUCUGCAUUCAUGGCUGAUUUGAUUCAAUUUAAUUUAUUUUAACCACAACGGAACCGGAUUUUAUUCAGCCAAGGACUGUUAACUUGGCAUAAUACAACCAAAUUACUUCAAUAAUUUUUUCUGCCGCUACAACAACGACAUGUGAACAUAAUUUCAUUAAGAAACCUAUAAAAUAUAUUUCUAAGGCAUAAAGUCAACCGAUUUCUAUGAUUUUCAAACUGUCAAGAAGUUUAGUUCAGACUAGUCGAGUAAUUUAAAACUCUGAUUCAGAAUGAUACAUAAAUGUGCUAUUUAACUUUUCUAAGCAGUUAUCAAAAGUUGAGUAGCUUUGACCAUAACCGUUAUAGCUAUGAGAGUUAGUUAGACGUGGUAGUUCCAAUUUUCACAUUUGCUCGAAAUGUCAAGUGUGCCAAAAUUCAUCAAUAUAUCUCAAUCUCUUGUCCAUUUAUCGAUUGGAUGGAUAGAUAGACAUCAGAAAAUCAAUUAUUCUUGACAUCUUGAGUAUUUUCUAAUUUAUAUACAGAACGCUCUCUGCAUUUCCUUUAUGUGUUGAGAAAAACUUUUAUACCUGUGCAAUAUGUUGCGAGUGUAUAAUUAUUUGCUCCAUUAUCUCCCCUUUUAGCGUAUGUUAUUUUAUGCAUUUAAUUCGUCGUUGCUUUGGCCGAGCAAUGGAGACCAACACGGUGUUUCUCUUGUCGUGGCAAACUCAUAACUUUAUCUCUGCUCAUAACAUUCGAAAGCGUCAAUGCGUGCAGAGGUUUCAGUUUAGUGCUCUUUUGUGUUCUUGAAAUUAUAUAUUUUGUAAUUUAAAUUAUAAUUUAGAUUUCGUUAAAUUCUAGUCCGUUUUAACUAUGUCUGCAGUAACUAAAGGAAUUUACAUAGUAGGCGCAAAGCGUACUGCUUUUGGUGCAUUCGGCGGUGCCUUAAAGAAUAUCAAUCAAACACAGUUACAAACUGUCGCUGCCAAGGCUGCGCUGGAUGCUGCUGGACUGCGCGGCGAACAAGUCGACACUGUGAUCAUUGGAAAUGUUAUUGCCUCUUCUGCCACAGAUGGCAUUUACUUGCCACGUCACGUCAGUCUUAAUUGCGGCAUACCAAUUGAGAAACCAGCACUAGCAAUUAAUCGUCUAUGCGGCUCUGGAUUUCAAUCUAUUGUGAAUGGUGCACAGGAUAUCUUGGUGGGCAAUGCUAAGGUUGCACUAACAGGUGGUGUCGAGAAUAUGUCACAGGCACCUUUUGUUGCACGCAACAUUCGUUUUGGCACCAACUUAGGCGCUAACUACAAUUUAGAGGAUGCUCUGUGGUCUGGAUUAACCGAUUCAUACUGCAAAUUACCCAUGGCUCUGACUGCCGAGAAUUUGGCUGAACAAUUCAAAAUCACACGUGAGCGUGUCGAUGAAUUUUCACUUCGUUCGCAGCAAAAUUGGGCAAGAGCACAGAAGGAAGGCGUUUUUAACACCGAAAUUACACCCAUUAAAUUGAAAGUGAAAGGUAAAGAGGUCGAUUUUGUUGUUGACGAACAUCCAAGGCCACAAACCACAAUUGAGGGAUUAGCUAAGCUGCCAUCCCUGUUCAAGAAAAAUGGCGCAGUCACUGCUGGCACAGCUUCGGGUAUUUCUGAUGGUGCGGCUGCCGUUAUCGUCGCCUCUGAAGAAGCUGUGAAAGAGUAUAAUCUUAAGCCACUUGCACGACUUGUGGCUUACUCAUUCGUUGGUGUGAAACCAGAAAUUAUGGGCUACGGUCCAGUACCAGCCAUCCAAAAUGUACUCAAAGUUAGUGGCAAGAAAUUGGAGGACAUUGACCUAAUUGAGAUUAACGAAGCUUUUGCCGCUCAAACGCUUGCCUGUGUCGAUGCGCUGGGUCUGGAUAUGUCUAAGUUAAAUGUUAAUGGUGGCGCUAUUGCCGUUGGUCAUCCAUUGGGUGCAAGUGGUUCUCGCAUUACUGGUCAUUUGGUGCACGAGAUGCAACGCAAGAACUUGAAGUACACCAUUGGUUCGGCGUGUAUUGGUGGUGGUCAAGGUAUUGCCUUGUUGUUGGAGUCUGUUGAAUAAGCUGUGAAAGCCAAACUACUAUAUUGCAUUUAAUUCAUUUGCCAAUACUUCAAAAGUGUAGCAAAAUAGCUCUAAGCAUUAUUAAUAAUAUUAUUAUUAUUUUUUAAUAUAUAUAGAAUUUUUACCAAA